UGUCAGCGCCACAACUUCGGAGGUCCAGUCUGUGGACCGAAACCAACGUACGAGAACAAACGCGAAUUCACGGAUACGCAGUUAAACGCCUCAAAGACCAUCAUCGGGCUGCAGGCCGGUUACAACAAAGGUGCUAACCAAUCCGGUCUCAGCUUCGGAGCCGGCCGUCAUGUGGCCGAUCUCAAGGUCGACGAGAUGUCCGCUGGAGGCAAGACUGCGAUUGAUAUCAAGGUCGAUCAGAUGUCUAGCGGUGGUCAAGGCGUCAUCGGCCUUCAGGCAGGGUCAAAUCAGGGAGCCAGCCAAUCAGGCAUGAGUAUGGGCUCGGUGCGUCACAUUGGAGACAUUCAGAGCGGCGAGCUCUCCAGGAGUGGUCAGGGCCAUAUCGGACUACAGGCGGGCAGCAACCAGGGCGCCUCGCAGGUAGGAAUGUCUUUUGGAACUCAGCGACACAUAAACGACCUAAACGUUGGAGGGAGUAAAUGA